CCCCUCCUCGCCCGCUUCCCCGGCGCGGAGGGGCGCGCUGUGCCGCGGCGCCGGCCUCCGCGCUCCUCUCGUAUUUUUUUUUUUUUUUUUUUUCAUUUGAACUCUUGCUUAGCAAUUUGCGCGUGAUGAGCUCAUGAUGCCGCGCCCCCCCCGCCCCGGGCCCGGGCAGGCAGGGGGACGUGAGGCGGGCGGGCGCGGCAAGCCGCGGCGGUUCCGCGCAGCGCUAGCGCUCCCGCGGUGCCGCGCAGCCAGGAGGAGGGGGCGCUCUCUCGGGCCGGCGCUGUUCGCUGCGCUCGGGUCGUAGGGCUUUUUCCCUCUUUUUUUUUAAUUUUUUUUUUUUUUUUUGCCUCCCCCUCCCGCUGUGUGUCUGGUUCUUUGCCGCUCCGUGCGCAGGUGGAUCCAUGAGCUCCCGCGGGAGCGGCACCGCCGCCGCGCAGCGCCGCGCCGGGGCGGGGGGAGCAGCCGCCAGCUUCGGCCCCGCCGCCGCCGCCACCACCGCGGGGGGCGGCCCCGCCCGGGCGCGGGGUGGGCGGCCGUGAGGCGGGCGGGCGGGCGAAGUUUCUCCGCGGCGCCGGGCCCCUCCGAGGGACAGCGGGGAGGGAAGGACCUGGCCCCGUGGUGCCGGGGUAGCUGCUGCUGCCACCGCCGCCGCUGUCACUGGAGCAGCCCGGCUUUGGCCAUGAAGAGGAAACAGAAGAGGUUUCUGCAAAUGACGCUGCUCUUCACCGCAGCUCUGAUUUUCCUGCCCGACAUCGGCCUCUGGUCUCUCUACAAGGAGAAGCACCUGGUGAAGCCCGCCGAGCCUGCCGAGCCGCAGACACUUCCACUGGGGCUGGGAGACGGACAGCUCUUUACCUGGACUGAUGGCUUGAAAAGGAAGGACUGGCAUGAUUAUGAAAGCAUUCAAAAAGAUGCUAUGCGUUCAGGGAAAGGUGAACACGGAAAACCAUACCCUCUUACAGAGGAAGACCAUGAUGAUUCUGCUUAUAGGGAAAAUGGCUUCAACAUAUUUGUUAGCAACAAUAUAGCACUGGAACGAUCCCUGCCAGACAUCCGACAUCCUAACUGUAAGCACAAGGUGUACUUGGAAAAGCUACCAAAUACUAGCAUAAUUAUCCCAUUUCAUAAUGAAGGCUGGACUUCACUUUUGCGAACAAUACACAGUAUUAUCAACCGCACUCCAGACAGCCUGAUAGCAGAAAUCAUUCUUGUGGAUGACUUCAGUGACAGAGAACAUUUAAAAGAGAAGCUGGAGGAAUACAUGGUCCGUUUUGCCAAAGUGAGGAUUGUACGUACCAAGAAACGAGAAGGGCUCAUUCGGACCAGACUGCUAGGAGCCUCGCUGGCUAGAGGAGAAGUCUUGACAUUUCUGGAUUCCCAUUGCGAAGUCAACGUGAAUUGGCUGCCUCCCUUGCUUAACCAGAUUGCACUAAACCACAAAACCAUCGUGUGUCCUAUGAUCGAUGUCAUUGACCACAAUCACUUUGGCUACGAGGCACAGGCGGGGGAUGCCAUGCGAGGAGCUUUUGACUGGGAAAUGUACUACAAAAGAAUACCGAUUCCUCCAGAGCUCCAGAGAGCUGAUCCCAGCGACCCCUUUGAGUCUCCUGUAAUGGCUGGAGGUCUAUUUGCCGUUAACCGGAAAUGGUUUUGGCAGCUGGGAGGCUAUGACCCGGGAUUAGAAAUAUGGGGAGGAGAGCAGUAUGAAAUCUCCUUUAAGGUGUGGAUGUGUGGAGGUGGCAUGUUUGAUGUUCCAUGCUCUCGAGUUGGGCAUAUCUACAGGAAGUACGUCCCGUACAAAGUCCCUUCUGGAACCAGCCUAGCACGGAACCUGAAGCGCGUGGCAGAGACAUGGAUGGAUGAGUUUGCAGAGUACAUUUACCAGCGACGGCCUGAGUACAGACAUCUCUCAACUGGUGAUAUCUCUGCCCAGAAGGAACUUCGCAAGCACCUUAAAUGUAAAGAUUUCAAGUGGUUCAUGGCUGCAGUGGCUUGGGAUGUCCCCAAAUAUUAUCCUCCUGUGGAGCCUCCACCUGCUGCCUGGGGAGAGAUUCGAAACGUGGCAGCCAACCUGUGUGUGGACAGUAAACACGGAGCCACAGGGACUGAGCUGAGGCUAGACAUCUGCGUGAAGGAUGGCUCAGAACGGACGUGGUCACACGAACAGCUCUUCACCUUCGGUUGGAGAGAAGACAUCCGCCCUGGGGAGCCACUUCACACCAGGAAGUUCUGCUUUGACGCCAUUUCACACAGUAGCCCUGUCACACUGUAUGACUGUCACGGGAUGAAGGGAAACCAGCACUGGAGCUAUAGGAAGGACAAAACUUUGUUCCAUCCAGUAAGCAGCAGCUGCAUAGAUUGCAACCCAGCAGAGAAGAAGAUUUUCAUGAACAGAUGUGAUCCUUUAUCUGAAACUCAACAGUGGAUUUUUGAACAUACUAAUAUGACUGUUUUAGAAAAAUUUAACAGCAAGGCCAGUUCCUAGAAAGAAAAAAAAAGAAAAAAUGAACACAUCUAAUUACAUACAGACUGCAGACUACAUUUUUGCCAGCAUCUGGGUCGAAGGAGUCAGGAAUUAAGUUUCCUAGAUCCAGGAAAUCUGUUCUGAGGAUUAAGAAAAUGCCACAGCAAGAGCCAGCAGGCUGUCCUUGUGGAUGUACAGUAUCUGAAGAACUUGGCCAAGAGCCUCACCGGAUGCUGCUGAGAACUUCAGGCUGAAAAUUCCCUUGCUGGUCAAGGGAAAAACUUUGUUUAAAAACUGUUUAAAAGUACUCCAAGUUAAUAAAGUAAAACAAAACUCUAGAGUUUCUCAGGUCAAAUCCUGCUGUAGUGAGUAGCUCAGAACAGACACUAUAAUUUGGGAUGGGUAUAUGGUGUGCAUGACGGCUACAGGAACCUGAAGAAAUCCCAGGUUUUAGAACUAAACAUGCUGGUAGAAGAAUAAUGAUGUCUCAGCACUCCCUAGACAAGAUAUAUGCUCUGUUGACAUUCUCUUAAUAAAAGGUUGGGUUAAGCAGGUUUAACCCUCAGAACUGCUGCAAUUACUUUUAAAUACCUCCCUUUUACAUUCCACUCAUUACCAAAAUAGGAAUGGUAGAAAUCUUAGGGUCUAGAGUUACACUGUAGUGAAGCAUGAAAUAAACUGUAAGGUUUUGCCAUCACAUUUCCCCCCUUCAGGAAAAAAAGUAAAGCAAUCAAAUUUCUAUACAAGAUAUAUUUAGCAAUUGUGAUUCAAAUCCCAUUGUCACGCAAGGUGAGAUUUUUUUUUAGUGACAAAUAUAACAGCAGCAGCUGCAGCAUAAUGGAAGGCUUGUGGACUAGCUAUCUUUUCUAAAGGUAGAAUCCUUACCAAAAUAUAAAUUAAACUGAAAAUAGGCUGGGAAAAAAACCACAUCAGGAGAGUAGGAAAUAAUUGCAUACUGCAUGCUGAACUAGGUUAGUCAAAUUAAGGUUGGUACACUGCCAUGACCUAAAAGCGUGUUGACUCCCUGCAGUGCAGCUUAAAAGAUCUUGCAGAGAUCUUACAGUGCUCUUGACAGAUAGGAGUGGAAAGAAAAAUUGACAUGAAACUAGUUGGGUGGUUUCAGAGUUUUUGAAAUCUGUGAUGGGAAUCACAUGAACUUUCCAGAGUUAGCAAGUGAAUGGUAUUGUAGAUCUCACAUGACGGAGGAAACAAGAAGUGCGAACAAGUUAAAUGUUACAGUAUUUUGGUACUUUAGGCACAGGCACAAUUCAGGGCAAGACAGACUUCUGUCACACUGAUUGAUGAUCAUUAUGGCCCGUGGUGUCCCUCAGACCCAUCAAGCUGUUGGCAUGAGAGGCCUCUAAAACUUGUUUGGGUGGCCUAUGGUUCUUCUCAGCAGAGAUCAGUUAAUACUGAUGUGUGGAACAUAAUUGAUAGGUUUGGCAUUUUUCAAGGUAAGAGCAAGUAUAAAUUUAUAGCAAGUAAGUACAUGGCCUGCUUUUACUUGAGAGAUGAAUUUACAGAUGAAAGCACCAUAAAUGCAGAUAGGUCACAUCCUUUAAGAGGUGGCUGUAACAGUGCUUUCAGGUUCCAAAAAUAUCACAUGUAAUUAAGUUGCUUAUUCUGAUUGCUGGAGAGGUGGCUGACUAACCAAAAUACUGAUGUGCAAUCUACCCUGUUUUGAGGGAGUAGGGUGACUGUGUUUUGUUUAUUGCUCCUUAAGCUGUGUUUAUGCACAAAGAGCAUUGAUUGCAUCCAGAGGAUGGUUCUAAUGCCAAUAACUAUGUGCUAUUUUAUGGCAGCACCUUGUAGUUGUAGAGUAAGACCCAAAAUUAUAGGUUAUAGGAACUUUUUAGGAGGGGAAUGAGAUCCUGUAGCACUCAGGAUGCAUGCACUUGGAAAAUUGUGAAAUGCAUCCAUACACUGAGCAAUUGCUGCAAGUUAGCAAAGAGAUCUUUCAAAUAGUCUGAAAGAAAUGUGUCUGUAGAGUUAGACUUCUCAUUUUAUGAUUUUAAAAUAAGUGAGCUUGUUUAGGUACUGUUUAAAUUUAACUUGAAGAUAUGGUGCACUCAGGAACGGAAGCAGUAAAGCUACUGUAUGAGGAUACUUCAGAUUUGUUUAGCUAUCAGUACAGAGAACCAGACUAGCCACUGCAGACUGUCAGCCUUCCCAGGUGCAGCAUCAUUUAUUUGCAGCCUGAACAUGAGGAAAGAGGGUUUGGAAAAAGAAGAAAAUGGCUGCCUAAAAUGUAAAUGCAGCCCUCAAGCUGCUGAUUGUAACUGGCCCCAAACUGUCAAAGUCCUGGAAGCAACACUGUAUGCCCAAAAUAGAGAGGCGAAGGAGAAUUGCUAAACCAGCUAAGCAGUUUAUGUUAUGCACAGAUUGGUAGGGUUAUAUCAUUCAGCGUCUGACUGCAUCUCAGUGGUCUGAUUCUGAAAUGUCUAAUGGGAACUAGGCAGCCGUUGGGGCAAAGAACUUCUAUGCCUUUUACAACCCUCAUUGAGUAAUAUUGUGCAACACCUUGCACUGGCAAAGGAAACCUUCCCCUCACUCGUAGCUGGACACUAAUAGUAAGUUCUAGCAGUCCUUGUCAGAAAACAAUCCACAUAACUAAUAUUCAGAUGUUCUGGGGGAAAAAAUAUGACCUACAUAAUGUUUUCAGGUUUUAUAGACAAAACAUAAUAAAAAUAUGUUGGAGUUUGUUGUGGGUCAGCAGUGAGCAACUGUUGAUCAGUCUGGAAAUAUAAAGGUUAAAUGAAGGUCCGUAUCUUGAGGAAGGUUCAAUAAGAACUUGCCACAGUGCAGCAUAGAAACACGCACAUGCACACACCUAUAUGUGUGUCUGUAUAUGUACAUAUGUAUAUGUGACCAGCGGAAAGAGGUAGCUGAAGGAGAGAGGUUUGUUUUUGCUUCAUGAGCUGAUCUUUCAAAUAUUUAGUGUAACCAGAACUGCACAGAAAAAAAUGAUAGACACAUUAGACUGAUAGUGAAGACAGUUAUCCCACUGUUCUCAGCUUAAGCAAAUUACUCUUUUUUUAAAAACUGGGACAAAAAAAGCUAGCAUGCAGCUUCACCACAGACAACUGUAAUCCUCCUCCUAUGGGUAGAAGGUGGCCCUAAGGACGGUGCUUCAGAGCUGUGCUCCUGUAACGUUUGGGAUGAUGGAUUUGCAAAAUGGUUAUGACUUGCUAAGCACAGGGUCCUUUCAACAGCAAGUUUUAUUAGUAAUAAAUGAUCACCCCUACCUCUCAGUUAAAUUCUGUCUUCAGCAUUCUCCAAAGCUUUCCACUGAUAACAGUAUUUCAUGACUAAUUUAACAUUCAGAAUUUCUUUGUCUUCCUACAACCAUAUCUUUUCCACCCAACAAACAUCUGAACAACUUGAUAGGAUGGACAGGCUUUAAUAUGCAUUUCUUCAAAAGACUAUGAAGUUUCUUCACAGAAUUGUUUUUUAAAUACCAGAUAGUUCUGAACAUAUUUUGAAUCUAGUGCACAGGUAGCAUUAACUGAUGGGAGCUCAUCAUUUCAGUGGAGCUAUACUAAUCUGGCCCAACUGAAGACUUGCUUCAGUUUUUUUCAAUUAAUUACUUUAUGACUGAGGGCUUUAAUCAACAUGCCUGAAAAGCAGAUUUUUGUAUCUUAAGAGUUCAUCAGCACCUACCCUAAACUUUUUCCAUUUAAGGUUAUCUGACUCUUUUUUUUGUGGCCAGCAAACUACUACUACAGGAGAGAGCAACUGGAAAAAGUGGAAUAAACAAGUGCAACUAAAACUCUAAAAUCACAUGUGUUUCCCUGCAUCUAUUCCAGAAUCUAAACUAAACAGAAGCCUUGGAGGAGAGGGCUUAAACGAGAGUGGAGGAGCAGGGAAACAAAGCAUUUCACAUGUUGGAGAGCAGCCUUGUUGGAGGGGCAUGACAAGACUUCACUUUGGGCACAGUUUAUUUCAGAAAAAUGAGGUGGCUUUAGAACAAAUGUUUCUGCAACAGUAUGGAUAUUUUAAUGAUAUAAUGCAUACUUCCUGGGUGUUAUAAUUUUACGAAUAAAUGGUCUGUAGCUGCUGGACUAGGUCUUCCUCAUGAUAAAGAUAGACUAAGCUUGAAAAGAAGCUGAUAAGCACUUAACAACCUUUGAUUACUGGCAAUUUACCAGGCAUCAAUGUCUCCAUGAACUCAGUGAAAUUGGAUGCCACAGAGAUCAUAGAAGAAACUUAUAUAAAUAGCUUAACCAAAUUGAUUUGAUGGGUUGCACCUCUGUAAGAGUGGAUGUCACCUUUGUUAAAAAAAAAAAAGUCAUCAUAAUCAGAAUUCAUUUGCAUUUUUACUGAUAACUUCUGCAGGGGACUGAGUGAGUGUGACACUUUCAACCUACGCAGACAGAUUGGGGAUGGAGCAUUUUAGGAAGGCAGUAUUGGGAGGCUUUCAAUGUGGCUGGCACCAGGGGCGUAUCCAUUUUCUGUUUAAAGAGCAUCAAUCUUUAAUGCUGUUAGCCCAGCGUUUUUCAAGAGAGCACAAGAUGUACAUUAAAAAAAGAAUAUGAUAGUGGGUUUAUUUUUGGUUUUUAAUCCAUUGAAGUUCUUAGGGAAACCAUUUCAAAACUCUUGAAAACAAAAAAGGUGAUGAGAAGUAGGUUUUUUAUAGCUGGUAUUAGUAUUAUAACGUUCAUUAAUUCAUUUGUUUAACCCUCUUCAAAAUCUGUUCCAUAUAUCCUCUUAGAAAGAGCACAAGGGUCCAAGAGUGCUUUUACCUAACAUUUUGAGGAUCUUGUCCUGUCUGAAAGUUUUGAAAGACCUUCAAAAAAUUAGAAAGUAUAAGCCAAAAGGUAACAAAAAAACCCAAGGAAAAAUACCAGGCUAUUAUGUCUAGUGUACCAUAAGAUUUUUGCUAAACUUCUUGUUUUAAAAUAGUAUCCAUUGACUGGAAAAAUUUAGAUUAAUAAGUAAUGUAGUUUAGUAAAUCUUUAGUGUAUAGUGCUUUCUAUUUAAGAUUUUUACUCUUAAAAAAAUACCAGAUUUUAGUGAAUUUGUAUAGUUAGUUGCUGACAGGGGUUUUUUUUAACCAUGUGUAAUACAUAAAUCUGUCACGAGGCCUCCUGUAAUCUCAUAUCUCCUUGCUAUAAUUCUGAAUGAACUGGACUGAAGAAAAUCUAAACAGUGGGGAAAAAACCCUCUGAAAACUAUCUAAGAAACUUGUGUAAAAACAAGCAAGGAGAAAGUUUAGCUAGAGAUGAUCAGAAAAAUGCAUCACAUUUCCAAAGCUUCAGCAGCAUUCAGAAAAUACAUUUGCUCUGUGCGGUGGCUUUCUAUUCUUUCCGUGUAUCAUUAAUAUCAGUGGUACUACUCCUGAGGCAGGACUUCUGAAAAUUAUGUGCCAUCAUUUGGCACAGUAGAUGGACAGCAUAGUGCCAGAGAAAAAAAAAUUACUUUCUAGGAACAGUUCCUGAAAAAAUUGCAUUCAAACAUUGCAGUCUGGUAUGCCUUAAGAGUCUUAGCUAUUUAUAAGGUUCCCGAUAUCUUAGUAUUUUUGUCUUUUUUACAGGACCUGGUAGUGCGGUAGGUGCUUCAAUGGCCCUUACGAAAACAACGCAGACAACAGGAACAAAGAGGACAUGGGUUAAAACAAUAAGAAUUUGUGGUUACCUGAAGGUGUCAUGUCCACAGCACUAUCAAGCCAGUUAAUUAUACACAAAGAGAAGUUUGUUUCUUUUGUGUGGCCACUGUGGUAGAUGCCCAGCUUCACAGAAUAUAUGAAUGAGAAGGAGCGCCGGCAGGAAAGCUCGUACUCAGCAGAAAAUGUAGAAAAAGUCACAAUGAGCCAUUUUAGAGAAGCAGAUGAAUAGAGUGUUGAGACGGAUAUCACGGACAGCGUAAGGGACAUGAGGGGGUUUGCAACAAGGCAAGUCUGGUAAGCAGUACUAUCUAAAAGACAUUAAGACAUAGGAAAGGAAAACUUGGUCCUCUUUAACCUUAGCCCUCAUUAACCUUGGCAGUAUUCCUAAUGCUUUGUGAAAGUAUUAGUUGAUUUAAUUAAGUUAAUCCUUCACCUCUCCCAGUAAAUGAAUGAAGCUGGAAGGAAUCACAGCCCAAGCAAAUUUCUGUUGAUCAGCGUGGAGCAUCUAAUUGGCACAUAACACCACUAGGCACAGUUUAGUGAAAAACCCCAACUGGCACCAGAACUAAAACAAUAUUAUCAGCCUGAAAGAUCUGUAGGCCUCUGGCAUCUCUCAGUGAAAAAAAAAAGUUUCACUUGCCUAAAGGAGUGAUUGAUGGUAAUGAUCCUAGAUUAAGAAGAUCAGGAAUCAUGAAUUUGCGAGGAGGUGAAAGGCCAAAUGGUGAGAUUAGGAGUUGGCAGUUUAAUUGAGAAAGGAAGGAGGAAAUAGGUGGUAAAAGGGAAGAAGCAGGAAUCGGGUUUAAUUCUGGAUAUGAAGGGAGUAUGACCUGCAAAGGUCAGCCACUGAUAAUUUUGGAUACUUCUUCACACCAGGGCUUGCAUGUUUAUUUCCAUCACAAAUAUUCAGGAAUUGAGAGGCAAUCAGUUCCACUGCCUUCUACAAAGGACUUACUUACUUAAACUUAGAAUAAAGAGAACUGCAUAAUCUGAAAUGUAUUGAUCAUGAAAUACAUGAGUGCAACUAGAGCAAAGCUUUGCUGGACACCAAGCCAGUGCUGAGUUUUCCAAGGUAUGUAUGUGCAUUCCUGAGGAUACUUUAUGGAUAGUGUAUAGAAGCAGAACACUAUGGUCACUGUUUUACCUCAGAUUAAUAUUUCUCUGCAUCUCAGGCUUUUUUGAAAGAGGAAGAGUGUUUAGCUAAAUUUUCCAGGAAAUGUCAACCCAGAUCAGUACAAAGUAGCUCUGCCUACUCCGUAUGUGGAUCAAGGCGACCCGUGUUUCUCUUCAGAUAUCACAUACAGCUCUUAAAAAAAGAACAGUGUGGCUCUGUUUUCAUGACUCCUUGCAGCAUUCACCUCUUUUUAUCCAUUUUGGUUAUUUUCUUUAUUCUUUUUCCUACUUGGUGUUUCUUCCCUUCUGCUGGCUCCCCAUCUGCAGGAUUCUGCCAGAUGCUGGUCCUCUUUCUUCCCUCCUUUCUGGUUUGUGCUGAGAGGUGUUUCUGCUGUUGCAGAUCCCUUCCUCAAAAUAAGAGUGACUAAAGCUGCUUUGAUCUUGACUUGGCAGAGCCACAAGCCCUUCUGCCUUGGGUACUUUCCUUGCUGCAGCUUGUGCUAGCAGAGGGCUGGGGAGGAGAAAGGCACCUGAGGAGAAGGGAGACGUUCUGUCUGUAUGUGUCAGUCUCACUACAGAUUUUGUCCGUGAAAGAGUUAUAGCUCAUAGCACGGACAGACAAACAUCGUUGAGGGAGAAAAUUGCAUUGGUGAUCUACUUCCUUGCCCAUCUUCAAAAUUCAGUGCUACCCAGAGAGGACAAUAUGUAAGAACAGAAGCAUCUUAUUCAGUGGCUAUACUUCUUAUGAAUGUUUAGAAGUAGCUGAAUUUAAGCUUGGCAAGCAGGUUUUAAUGCGUGAUUAUCCUUAUUGAGCUAAUGUAGAUACAAGAAACUGAGUUAGAAUUAUAUUAAAAUGUGGUUUGUAUAAGCCACCAAGGGGUUAUAACAAGUUCAGCUGAAGGCAUUAUUUCAAAUCUGAAAUGGAUGUGUAAUCUCUGAUGAAUGCAUGAUACAGGUUAACCUCUAGUCAAGCUGCAGAGAAUCAGAAGGGCUUUCCCCAAAAAGAGAGAGAUUAUCUAACGUGCAGCAGCUUUUGCUUUCAGCUGUACAGGGCUCCAAUUUCUUCCCCAGUAUGUCAGCAAAGUUACUAUCUAUAAAAAGAUGUCCCUAUGAUUCUCAUUAUCAAAGCUGCAUUUGCAGAGAUGGCAGUAAAACAUCACCCUUACUUUCCUAUUAGCAGAGAACCCUUUCAUUUGUUUCCUGUUUGUUUUUAUACACCCCCAGAGUCAUUUAUUUGUAACCAGAACCCAUGGAUAGAAGUUGUGCCCCGACCCUUUGUUAAAUGAGUUCCUAGGAAAUCAGAGUACCAGUGUGAAGGCUGUACAAAUGCACUGUUAAAAGGAUUGUCAGCCAAGGAAGAGGGAUUUCAUAUAGAAGAAAAAUAAACCCUCCUAAAGUUUGUUUUCCUUUAUUCCUGUCAUAUCAGCCUCCAAAUUGCAGCUCCUGCUCUACAUUGAAACUUUUCAUGGUAAUCUACACCUGGAGGGAUAAUGAUGCUUCAUCAGGGCUCUGCUGCCAGUUUUCCAUGCAAAUCUGCACCGUGGCUACAUAAACCUGUUCUUUGGGGUUGGGGAUCAUUCUCCACCGUUGCUGUCCCUGCAAGGGGCACAUUCCUUCCGACUUUGGCCUGACCUGCAGUUUUCCACCUCAAACUGUGUUGGCCAAAGUAGCUCAGUAUUGCCCAGCUCUCCAGACGAUGCGGUCCGUUGCACAUGUCUUAAUGCUUCACAGCAGUCCAGUCCACAUAAACACUCACACAGUUUACCAAGCAUUAAGUGGCAAAAUAGAAAUUUGUGGUCCCUUCGAGCCUCUGAGAUGCUUCUAUGUAUCAACUAGCCUUUCUGAUGGUCAGAGUGUUUUCCAGGCAUCUCUGUGAAUACACACCCUUUCCUGCAGGUAUCCUGCAAAAUAUCCAUUUCUCUCACUUUUCUGAGAGUCUGGAAUUACAGCCUUCACUCACUGUUAAACAACAUUCAGGACAAAACAUUCCCUGGCGAUUCAACUAUUACGAACUAUUUUUAAAGGGCCAAGAAGAGCUGGAGACAACUUUGUGUAAUCCCUAACCAAUGUGCUAGUAGUCAAGGCAGCCAGUGAUGAGCUGGGCUGAUAGGCGGCUAGUAGAGGUCAAUCAACAAGUAAGACGGAGUUGUCUAAUUUUCUGGGAAUCAAGGUCAAAUUCUUUGGUUAUUGUAAUUUAGGAAAUAUAGCUCUCUGAAAAAAUGGGGAAAACAUUUUCAGGUGUGUGCAUUUGAAGUAUUAUACAAUAGACUACAAUUAGUAAUAUAUACAUUAUAAUAAGUAAAAUGAAAACAUACACUUCUGUGCUGACUAGUCUGAGAUAGUUGGCUUAGAUGUUAUUAAACAACAGCUGUAGAAGUUUUGACCAACUUACCAAUGCAUUAGAAUAAUGUUUUCAAGACAUGCUUAAAGGAUUUACAGAGAGCACAUGCCUGUAAAUUACUAGACUGUAAUUAAGAAGCUGAACUAUGGAAUAAAAAUUGUACACCUGUCCUAUUUUAUAUUUGGAUGUAUUACGUUACAGAAUACAAAGUAAAAGAAGAUUGCUGAAGUAGUUUCAAACAAAAUUACCAUGAUCUGAAUGAAUAAAUACCUCUCAGAAGCUA